CUGGUGAUCGGAGCGCACAGUUAGCGUUCAGCUCCCCGCUGCAGAACAUGAGCUCUCACCCCACGGAUCGGACACUCCACGUCACUCAUGCUUUCACCACGCGAAUGCUGAGGGAACCUGCCAAGCUUCAGGCAGCAAUUUACGUUUGAAUCGUUUUGGUUUUCUUUAUUUUUUUGGAUGCGCCAUGAAAGCGCGUUGGAGGAGUUGUGGAGCGGCGCUGGUGGCGUGGACGUGGGUUUGGAGUGUGGCGUGGUGCAUCCCGGCAAAUGAAGUUAACCUGCUGGAUUCUCGCUCUGUGGCGGGAGACCUCGGAUGGGUGUCGUACCCGAAAAAUGGGUGGGAAGAAAUCGGGGAAGUCGACGAAGACUAUGCCCCCAUCCACACCUACCAAGUGUGUCGGGUCAUGGAACAGAACCAGAACAACUGGCUUCACACCAACUGGAUACUGACCGAGGGAGCCCAACGUGUUUACAUAGAACUCAAGUUCACCCUGAGAGACUGCAACAGCCUCCCGGGUGGCGUCGGAACUUGCAAGGAAACGUUUAACAUGUACUACUACGAAACGGAUGGCUGGGAGUUGGAGGAUGGAGAAAUGGGGGACGGUGACGGGAUCACGGAGGAGGAAGACAGGGCCUUGAAGGAAAGCCAGUACAUCAAAAUCGACACCAUCGCGGCCGACGAAAGCUUCACCGAACUCGACCUCGGGGAUCGGGUUAUGAAGCUCAACACCGAAGUUCGGGAUUUAGGCCCCUUGACUCGGAAGGGCUUCUUCUUGGCCUUUCAGGAUUUGGGAGCCUGCAUCGCUCUGGUUUCCGUUCGCGUCUUCUACAAACGCUGCCCGUUUCUCGUCAAGAGCUUAGCUGAAUUCUCCGACACCAUUCCCGGGUCGGAGGCCUCGCAGUUGGUGGAGGUGGUGGGUCGCUGCAUCAACAACUCGCUGCCUUUAUACGAACCUCCCAGGAUGCAUUGCAGCACCGAGGGUGAAUGGCUGGUUCCUAUCGGCAAGUGCGUGUGUCAGCCUGGAUUUGAAGAAAUCCUUGGAUCUUGUCAAGCUUGCAAAGUGGGGUUCUACCGCUCGCUGCUGGAGUCUCUUCUCUGCAGUAAAUGCCCGCCCCACAGCGUGGCCCGGCACACCGGAGCAACUGUCUGCAGCUGCGAAGAAGGAUAUUACAAGAUUGACUCGGAUCCUCCCAAUAUGGCCUGCACACGGCCGCCAUCGGCUCCCCGCAACGCCAUCUCCAAUGUCAACGAGACCAGCGUCUUCCUGGAGUGGUCCGUUCCAAUGGAGUCCGGUGGCAGGAAGGACAUCCGUUACAACGUCCUUUGCAGACAAGUCUUGCCAGACGGAAGGGGAUUGGAAGAGUGCGGUGCCAACGUUCGUUUUCUGCCACGUCAGGUGGGCCUGACCAACACUUCGGUGAUGGUGGCCGACCUGCAGUCCCAUACCAAUUACAGUUUCCUCUUGGAGGCCAUCAAUGGAGUUUCGGAGCUGGCUAAAGAGCGUACGAGGCAGUAUGUGUCACUCAAUGUGACCACCAAUCAGGCUGCACCUUCGCCGGUGAGUGUGGUGAGAAAAGGUCAUGCCGGUAAGAGCAGCAUCGCGCUUUCCUGGGCAGAACCGGACCGACCCAACGGCAUCAUCUUGGAAUAUGAGAUCAAGUAUUUUGAGAAGGAGCAGGACUCCAGCUACACCAUCAUAAAAUCCAGGGAGACAGAGAUGGUGGUGGAAAGCCUCAAACCCUCUUCGGUCUACAUCUUCCAGGUGCGAGCCAGAACAUCUGCGGGCUACGGCGCGUUUAGCCGGCGUUUUGAAUUCCAGACCAGCCCUUACCUAACAGCCACCAGCGAACGUGCCCAGGCAUCCAUAGUAGCGGUGGCUAUCACUUUGGCGCUCGUCCUGCUGGCGGUGGUGGCUGGAUUUCUACUAAGCGGACGGCGGUGUGGCUACAGCAAAGCAAAGCAAGAUCCCGAAGAGGAAAAAAUGCACUUCCAUAAUGGGCACAUAAAGUUCCCGGGAGUGCGUACCUACAUUGACCCCCUCACCUACGAAGACCCUAACCAGGCUGUGCAUGAAUUUGCCCAAGAGAUUGACGUGUCAUUCAUCUCCAUCGAAAGAAUCAUUGGCGCUGGGGAGUUUGGCGAGGUGUGCAGCGGCCCGCUAAGGUUGCCGGGGAAAAGGGAGAUGCAGGUCGCCAUCAAGACGUUGAAAGCGGGAUACACGGAGCAUCAGAGACGUGACUUCCUGUGGGAGGCGUCAAUCAUGGGCCAGUUUAAUCAUCCCAACAUCAUUCGUCUGGAGGGCGUGGUCACCAAGAGUAAACCAGUGAUGAUUAUCACCGAAUACAUGGAGAAUGGGUCACUGGACACAUUCCUUAAGAAAAAUGAUGGUCAGUUCACUGUUAUCCAGCUGGUUGGUAUGCUACGUGGCAUUGCAUCUGGCAUGAGGUACUUGUCUGACAUGGGUUACGUCCACCGCGAUCUGGCAGCUCGAAACAUCCUGGUCAACAGCAACCUUGUGUGCAAAGUCUCUGAUUUCGGCCUAUCCCGCGUUCUGGAGGACGACCCUGAGGCUGCUUACACCACACGGGUAAGGGCGGGAAAGAUUCCAAUUCGCUGGACAGCUCCCGAGGCCAUCGCAUUCCGGAAGUUCACCUCAGCCAGCGACGUGUGGAGUUACGGCAUCGUCAUGUGGGAAGUGAUGUCGUACGGCGAGCGUCCAUACUGGGAGAUGUCCAAUCAAGAUGUCAUUAAAGCGGUAGAAGAGAGCUAUCGGUUACCGGGUCCGAUGGAUUGCCCCGAGGCGCUCUACCACCUCAUGAUGGACUGCUGGCAGCGCGAACGAAGCAACCGGCCCAAGUUUGAUGAGAUCGUAUGUCUACUCGACAAACUCAUUCGCAACCCUUGCUCGCUGAAAAAUCUGGUCAACUCUUCACACAGGGUGUCCAACCUCUUAGUGGAGCAUGCCAGUGUAGAUGUAGACUGCAACGUCCGGAGUAGAACAGUAGGCGAGUGGCUGGAUUCCAUCAAGAUGGGUCGUUACACGGAACUCUUCAUGGAAGGAGGAUACUCGUCACUGGACACGGUCGCUCACAUGACAUCCGAGGACUUGCGGAGAGUUGGGGUGAACCUAGCAGGUCAUCAGAAGAAAAUCAUCACUAGCAUUCAGGAAAUGAGAGUCCUUAUGAACAGCUCCAAUACCAGUGUCAACAUCUAAUGCGCACAAUAUACGUGGACCUAGUAUGAAGAAGACUUCAGUUGGACCUAGAGCGGCUGAGCACUUUCUAAAUGAUAAGGAGCAGACUUUCUAUGGACCAGUGAUUUUGUUUUUUAGGGGUGUCACAGACCAAACUGAAGGGAGUGGUUUUA